GAGAUGGCUAAUAUGUUGCAAUGGUCAGGGCACCAAGGCCAAUUGAGUUUUCUUCAUCCCUUCUCCUUGCUUCUUUGCUUUCUUCUCCUGUUUGUGUUCUUAUUCAAGAAAAAUAGAGUUGAAACCAAAAGAACCAACCUACCACCUUCCCCAUGGAAGCUCCCAAUAAUAGGGAACCUCCAUCAAUUAGGCCCCUUGCCACACCGCGGACUCCACUCCUUGGCUCAACGCCAUGGUCCUCUCAUGCUGCUACACUUUGGCAGCAAACCAACUCUUGUGGUUUCAUCGCCUGAUGCAGCUCGUGAAAUCAUGAAAACCCAUGACCUAAUUUUCUCCAGCAGACCCACUUCAAGUUUUGGUAGGAGACUAUUGUACAAUCACAAGGACAUUGGCUUUGCACCUUACGGGGAGUAUUGGCGACAAGUACGCAAAAUUUGUGUUCUCCAGCUUCUAAGUAUGAAGAGGGUUCAAUCAUUCCAGCCAGUGAGAGAAGAAGAGACGAAAGUGAUGAUUGAAAACAUCAAAAGGUCUUGCUCAAAUUCACCUUCAUCCUCAGCUUUGGUGGAUUUAUGUGAGAUGCUCAUGUCUCUAACAAAUGAUAUAAUAUGUAGAGUGGCUCUAGGGAAGAAGUAUGGUGGGGAAGAAGGUGGUGGUAGGAGGUUUAGAAAGAUGAUUAUUGAAUUUGGGUAUCUACUUGGAGUUUUUAAUGUAGGGGACUUCAUACCUUGGCUUGGUUGGGUGAACUAUGUACUUGGGUUAGAGGAGAGGGUGGAGAAAAAUUUUGCAGAGAUAGAUUCUUUUCUCGAUGAAGUAAUUGAAGACCACAUCCAUGGAAAGAGAACGGAAUAUGUUGGGAAUUAUAAUGCAGAUGGUGGUGAUCAAGACUUCGUGGACUUCCUUCUUCAGAUACAACAGGAUAAGAGUGCUGAAAUCACCCUUGGGAGAGAACACAUCAAAGCCAUAGUAUUGGAUAUGUUUGUUGCUGGAACUGAUAACCCGCAGUCACUCCUAGAAUGGACAAUGGCAAGGCUUUUAAAGCAUCCAAAAGUCAUGGAAGAAGUCCAAAAGGAGGUAAGAGGGGUUGCAUUUACAAUAGGUAGCAAAAAUAUUAAAGAGGAUGACAUAGAACAAAUGCACUAUUUGAAAGCAGUGAUCAAGGAAACACUACGCAUGCAUCCUCCAGCACCUCUAAUGGUUCCACAUGAAUCAACUAAAGAAGCCAAAAUAAAAGGGUAUGACAUUCCGGCAAAGACAACAGUGAUCAUCAACGCCUGGGCAAUUGGAAGGGAUCCUGCAUCAUGGGAUGACCCAGAAGAGUUUAAACCAAAGAGGUUCUUUAAUGAUGCUAGUUCUAUUGACUUCAAAGGCCAUGAUUUCCAAUUGAUCCCGUUUGGGGCUGGUAGAAGGGGAUGCCCUGGAACCCAUUUCGCCAUUGCUGUUGUUGAAGUUGCAUUAGCCAAUCUUCUGCACAAAUUUGAUUGGGCAUUGCCUAAUGGAGCAAAUGGAGAGGCUUUAGAUCUUACGGAAUCUCCUGGACUUUCAAUCCACUUGAAAGCUCCUCUUCUUGCUGUUGCGACUCCUCACUACUAAUAGUGAUCGAGAAGGAAUA